CACUAAGAGCGAUGUACCGCUCCGGGCUGUCCCAGGCUUUGCCUGUGUCUUUUAGUCCCAUAGGUGGUUUUGGCGCUGCCUGACUCUAUGAGCCAUUCCCAUCGCCCCAUUUAUCGGAUUGAUCUGGGUAACUAGGGGCUUUCUGGGGUGUGCCUCGCUCCCCGCCGCGGGGGGAGUCAGUGCGGCCCCCAGGAAGGGGCCCUGGUUACUGUGUUGCUGAGUAGGCCUGAUUCGGAGCCAUGAACCUGGAGCUGCUCGGUAAGCGAUACAACGGGCUCUAUAAAUAAUAAUAUUAAUAAUAAUAAUAAUAUCCAUUAUCGCGGGGACUGCUCUGAGGAAUUAAAGUUAAACACUGAAUAUCAUAUCGUCUGCAGUCAUUACUUUGUAUUUCUGGUCAUAUUAGAAUUAUACCUACUGAAAAUUAUCCCAACUGAAGCUUUCAUUAAAUAACCAGCAGCUUACUUGCUCUUUUAGGCAUUCAAGCUGAAUUUUAGCCCAAAAUAGCCGAACUCAAACCCUUGCUCUUGACUUGGGGAAUGUUUUGUCAUUCGUCUUUUCUGGCCUGAAAAGGUGAAUUUACCAUAAAAUGCACAGGAUAAUUGCUGUAAAUCAAAGUCAGUAAAUAAAAACACUUUAAGCAUGUUAAUCUAGUUUAAAAAAUACAGUGUGUCACUCCACAUCACUAAAGUACAUACCAUACAUAGAAUAGUUGCACUUUUAUGGAGAGUUUUUACUUUCCCACUUGCUAAUGUUUAUGUAUGUAAUGUUAAGCUGUGGAUGAGUAAAAUAAGGUGUUUAUCUACUAAAUUAUUAAUGCUAGUUUGCUGAAAUCAGAAUGUCAAAUUGAUACCAAAAUAGCUGAUCUGUAAAAAAAAAAAAAAAAUUUCAAACCAACUUUGCAAAUUAAAUAAUCUCCGUCCAGUGGUCCUGUAUGUUUAACCCUUCAAAGGAAGACAAUGCCAUUUUCCAGAAAGGUCAAUGUUUACCUUGAAAGGUUAAACAUGACUCUAAUGGCUGUCAUAUUGACAGCCACUAGAAGCGCUUCUGCUGCACUGACCGCAUAAAACUCCGUUACAGGAAAGCAUUGGAUUCAAUGCUUUGCUGUCGGACGCAUGGGAUGCGUAUUCUCAAUGCUUCUCUAGGAGGAGUGUUGGAUUGGACCAUUGAUGCAGGUAGCAACGCCACUUCGCUGGUAGUGGAGAGGCCAACAGCGAUGCGGGAAUCUUUGCGCUGGAAAAAGGUAAGUAGAAAAUCUUUUUUUUUUUUUUAUUUAUUUAUUUAUUUUUUACAAUUUUUAUGGAAAAUGGGGUGGGGGUUGCUACAUUUUGGAGUUCAGUGAAUAACUGUGGUAGUAAUUUAAUUUUGGUUUGGAAGGAUUUACAGAUUUUUGUUUUUUAUGUUAUCUUAUGUUGUAUCUUAACUUUCUCUUUCAGAAUCCUUUGGGCAGAACUAUCCAGAGGUACGUUUGGUAGCUGCACAGCAAGUCUUGUGGUGUUCUAUUGGUUUGAGUGGGUGAUUUGGGGACUGUGGUGGCAAGCAAAUUUUAGAACAAAUACAACUUAGAUCACUGUAAGCCCAGUGCUGGUAUUUACAAACUAUUUUCAGUGUGCAUUGUCAAUGUGUCAUUGAUAGUAUAGAUCACUUUGAAAAAGGUUUCCUCAAAUACAUCUGUGGUGACCUUCCUUGAUAUCCGUGCAAAAUAAUGCAGUAACCGUCUCUACAUGUGUUGUUUGUUUCGUUUUUUUAAUUUAUGUUUUAAUAGAAAUACAACACAAAACAAAAAGAUUGCAUAGUAAAAACAAAUGAAAAAUGUAAAUAAAAUUGCUGCUAUCUAGGACUAAUACAACUUCAUGACCAACAGUGCAUUAUGUUUUUUUAUGCUAAUAAAUGUACUCUUAUGUCUGUGUGUUUUGUAGGAGGCAGAUGGCACCUUGGAUUGCAUUAGCAUGGCCCUCACCUGCACCUUUAACAGGUGGGGGACCUUGCUGGCUGUGGGCUGUAAUGAUGGACGGAUAGUAAUUUGGGAUUUUUUAACAAGAGGCAUUGCAAAGAUUAUUAGUGCACAUAUUCAUCCUGUAUGCUCUCUUUGGUGAGUGAUACCUUCCGAGUACUGACAAGAUAGCUUAUAUUUCAUUUUUAAUUGUAGUGUAACUGUAAUUAUAACUGAUUUAAUGUUUGUUUGUUUUUUUAAAUUAUUGAAAGCUACAAAAAAUUUACAACAGUCGUAUAGAUGCAUGUAACUCAAAUUUGCAUAUUAUGUCCUAAUGUGAGGUUGCACAUUUUUAUUUCUUCAACCUUUUAACAGCAAACUCUUAUGAUCAACCUUUCUUAGAAAAGUGAUUUUGUGUUUUUCUUUGUGUAUUGCACAUAUUGUGCUAUAUGUAUGUGAGUGCAUUUUUUUUUAAAUGUUAUCAUUGUGUGGUUUCUGAAUAAAAUUAUUGUUCCAUGAUUUUUGUUCUUUGUUUUUCUCUCCCUCACAUGUGCCCUUUUUGAAACAUUUUUGGGUAUGAUUUAAUUUAGCUGGAAUUUUCCACCAUCUGUUAUUGUGUGUUACUCUUUUAGGGAUUCUGUUUGGCAGUUUCCCUGGGAGUGGCUGAAUUUAUCCAGGGCUUUACUUUUUUUCUCUUCCUAUUCCAACACAGCUGUCACCUUUUUGGGGGGGUUUAAAAUGUUUCCAGCACCGAGACUUCCUUGGGGCUGUUGCUGCCUGCUUUGCCUCCUGUGACAUUGUUGCAGGUGUCAUGCUCUCCGCAUCUGUCAAAUACAAUUUUCCUCAUAGAGUACAUGAAGGUGUUGGGGAUGUGAUGUGCAUACACAACCUUCCAAUAAGCUGCAAUUGGUCACAUGAUUAAGUUCCACUCGGUCAUUAUAGAGGAAACCUCUUUGGCGGGUGUUUAAACCACCAAUGUAUACAUUUCACUUACUUCAAAACUUAAUUGUUUUGCACUGUAGCGUUAAAACUAUAAGGACUAUAAUGCACUAUAUAAGGACUAUAAUGCACCUGACCACUAAAUUGAGCUGACGUGAUCUGGGUGCAUUUAGUGGACAUUUAAAAUGUUGUAAUUGCUUGUGGGAUGAAGCAAAGCUUAUUUUGUUUGUCUUAAAUAGGUAGUAUUUCUUGCAGCAAAGUGGAUUUUUUUUUUUUCUUUAAACUAAUUUUACACAAUUAUUGUUGAACAGUUAGAAUUCUUUUAUUUUUAAUUGUCAGCUGUGAAUUACAGCAACAUAUUGUACAGUUCUUUUUUAUUUUUUUUAUUUUCUUCUCUACUGUUUCUUCAUUCUUAUGUUGUAUAUUCUAGCAAAUGCCUCUUCUGCCUUUUCUCUAAUCAACAAGUUUAUCUUCAUUAUUAUGCCAUAUGUCUUCUCUAUGUUGUCUUAUUACCUAAACUCUAGAAUUUGCUAAUAACUGUUUACCUUACAGCUGGAGCAGAGAUGGGCACAAACUCGUAAGUGCCUCUACAGAUAACAUGGUAUCAUUGUGGGAUGUCCUGAGUGGAGACUGCGAUCAACGAUUCCGAUUUCCUUCCCCCAUCCUUAAAGUUCAGUUCCAUCCUCGAGACCAGUAAGUCAAAAUGAGUUAACAAAGCAGGCACCACAAGUUAAUAAGUAUUUAUUAUCUUAUGGGAAAAAGCCGCCUUUUUUGCCAUCUCUAAAAUUAUAUUUGCAGUGAAGGAGAGAGACUCAUGGGUUAUCUGGGUUGUACAAUAAUUUAUUGUGGCUGUAAAACACAGAAAUUAGACCUGCACUGAAACUCAACAGUCUUUUGGUGGCUGCAGUGCCUAAAUUGUUUAGUAUACAUAUAUAAACAAAACCAAAAUGUUAUCUGUGUGUUAUAAAAAUCACAAUGUACAUUUUAAAAAUGUUUUUAGUACCAUUACCGUUAAAGUAUAAGCUCAUUUGCUAAUUGUAACGGAUCGACGGGCACCCCGACUGGGUACCUCCAUUGAGGGAUGCUCCUAGCGCUUCCUGAGGACUCCAAGCACUGCAGCAGACACCACAACCACCGUAGACUCCUCCAGAGAUCAAAACAGGAACAAGCUCUUACAAGAGCUUAGCAGUGAUUAUAGCAAGAGAGUAUGCAGUGCAUAGCAAUCCCUUGUAGCAGAUUCCCCCAAUAAGAGACUGCACUCCAAAUUGAGGGUGAAGUAGAACUGACAGAGCUGUGGGUUUAUUGUUCUUAUAUACACAUUCUUACACGUUAGUACCACCCACAGGGUUUUGUAAAACAACCAAUAAACACGUACAAUACACUCAGACACUCCCACACAAAAUCCUCCCCUCUGCCUGUGAUACAAUUACCUUACACAAUGGGUUAAUAUAAUUAUCACAGGCAGGAAAAUACAGUUUUACACAAUAUUCAUAACUUUAAAAGUAUGCAUCACAUUCACAUACAAUUUCAGAAUCCGCAUACUCCAAAUACCAACAUAUGUCAAAAUCAUACAAAUUGGUCCCGUGGGUCAAAAGUUAGAUCGACGUCCUUUGUGACCAAAAUGAAGCCUGGCUUUUCUGCCCAAAGCCAGUUCCACAGAGUCUUCUAUCCUGGAGAUAAUUGGAAAGUAAUCAAAUUAUCUCCAAGGACAGAGGCAAACGCCAAUAAAAUAUAUAAAAAUAUAUAACUGUGCAGCUAUUGCAUAAAACAGGUGCAUUCAACAUAUCCCCAGAUAGCUUAGAUCUGAGCGCACAUUAUUACUGAAUGACGCUCAGAUCACAUACAUACAGUUCAAUUGCCAUGGAGCCAAAUACUUUCACAUAGUCUUUCGUUAUACGAAUGGGCUCCAAUUCCAUAGCUAUCUGGGGUAUCACUGUUCAAAUAGGGAAAGUACCAAAUGACCCGGCUUUCGGGUCUUUGCAGGGGAAAAUCAAGCAUUUCAACAUGGGGCCAUAGUCACAGGGCAGGAGGCUGGCAAUCAGUCUUCUCCAAUGCCCAGUGGCAAGGCUGGUUUUGCCACACUAAUGUCUAGCUUAACCUUUUUGGUGAGCCCUAAAAUAUGCUAAAAUAUCACCUUUCUGCUUUCAGCUUCAAUGCAAAUUCUCUAAUGAAACAGAGUGAAUACCUUUGUGAAUCUCUACAAACUAAUCAUAGAUAGGAAAUGUACAUUUAAAGGGAGACUGUCACUUCCCAGGAUUUUUUUGUAUUCCAUUUACUUCGGUACUAAGUCUAUAUGUAACUGACUUAUGGUUUUGUGAGGUCUGAAAAUAAAAUUAAAUGUAUAAAUCCACACUGCUCUAUCCUGGUACUGAGUGCCCUCCGCUUGGUAACUUGUCGAUCAUUGUUAUCUGCUUUAUCCUCUCUACCAGGUAGGCAGCAUGCCAGGGGGUAGAGCGUGAUCCAAUUCAUAAAGGUUUUUUUUUUUUUUUUUACUAAAGUGAAAAAUAUUGGGAAUUUAGAGUGAAUUUAAAAUUUAUAGGCAAAUUAGGCAUACUGGAAGCAGUGUUAAUUUUGGCGGCACAUUUUAAUUUACUUUUAGUCAUAGUCUUUUGACUAAAAAGCUAUUUUAGUCAUCUGAAUUGGUUUAGUUUUACUCAACUAAAUCUCCAGUAAGUUUUAGUUGACACAACUAAAAUCUAAUGGGUUUAAGAAAGCCUCUGUCUCUUUUGCCCCUCUGUGUCUCUUUGCAUUCUCCCAGCACCCCAUGUGUCUUAUUUCUUCUCCUUCCUCCCUCAUUUGUCUUACUCACCAGUGUUAAUUGUGGUGGCAAAUUUAAAAGAAAAAAAUAAAGUUGUCUUUAGUCUUUUGACUAAAAAGCUGUUUUACUCAUCCUAAUUGUUUUAAUUUUAGUCUAGUUUUAGUAGACAAAAAUCUGACUAAAAUUGUUAGUUGACAAAAUUAACACUGAGUGGAAGCAUAGAUAACUUGGAGAAUUUUUUUAAAAUUUAGCUAAUUUGGUCGUAAAAUCCAAAUUCACUUUGACUUCCCAACAAUUCUAGUGAAUAAAUAAGCCUGUUUGUCUGACCUGUCAGUGCCUGGACUGAAUUGCAAUGUCAGUUUGCUAAAUUUUUUAAUGUACAUUUAAAAGAAAAUGGAGCUUCAUGUAAAAACAAUGGUUAACACAAUUUGUCUCGGAUUUUCAUUGUUUUAUUUAAUGGUGUGAUUUCCGUAGAAAUAAUGGUUUCUCUUUAGGUAGCAGAAACUUGAAGUAUUGCUGCAAUGACAGGGGCUUAUGGGAUAAAAUCAGAUCAUGAAAAUAAUUCAGUGGCUCCUGAUUGGUAGACCUCUUCCUGGUGAGGAAGGAGUCUGUCUGCUAUUUAACAAUUUUAAGAUCAAAAUAGUAAAACUGUAAAAAUUCUCUAAGCUGUUACUGAUGACUGCUACAGGAAUUGACUCUGUAACUUCGCCAUAAGUCAAAGAAAGUCAGUCCCUACUUUGUCACUGUAUGACUCUUGACUGGGUUGGAAUUUUAGUGACAGUGCUGCUUUAACGUUGAAAGUCCCUAUGAAUUCUCAGUUUAGUAAAUCACCCGGAUGCUGUUUAGUUGUUGGUAGGAUUGUGAACUUUGAAGAGGCAACUUUUUAUUUUUUAAAUAAUUUCAAUGCAUUCUCUUUAUAAUGCCUUUAAACAAGGUUUACAUUAUUUAGUAUUCAUACCCUUUAAGUGAUCAGAUUCCACAUGUUCUGUACUAUAUGCUAUUCUCACAGUGAUGUUAUACAUAGAUGUCCAUCUUUGCGUUUGGUAGAGGUCUUAUAUGCAACAGGCUCAGGUUCACUUUGUAAUGGCAUAUGUGAACAAAAAAACAUUUUGAGACCUGAGGGGAGAUUAACCAAAGCUAUUUAAUUUUCGCUUGCAUUCAUAUUUUCUGUUUGUAUUGUGUUUCAGUGCAUUUUGCUUAAUGUCUCUAAAAGGGUCUCUAUUUAUAAAAUGGUAAUCCAGACAUUGACCCAGUGCUCAGGGUGUCUAUGGAAGUAUCAGUAGCAACUCACUAGCAAGGAUCAGAGAAGGCCAAAACAGUUGUCUGGGAUUGCUUUAUCUCUCUAUGUUUGGUCUUGGCAACCCUUGAUAGUGGGACUAGUCUGAUGUGUGACAUGGCACAUGUGAGCAAAAUGUGUUUGAAAACUGAGCGGUGAUGAAGCCGACCGCAUGCUAUUGAGUUUUUGCUUGUUCUCAUACCUUUCAUUUGUUUUUGCUUCAAUCACAGGAACAGAGUUUUGGUGUGUCCAAUGAAAUCUGCUCCAGUUAUGUUAAGUCUGUCUGACUCCAGUCAUGUAGUUUUACCUGUGGAUGAUGAUUCUGACCUUAAUGUUGUAGCAUCAUUUGACCGACGUGGAGAAUAUAUCUACACUGGGAAUGCAAAAGGCAAGGUAAGUGGAUAUUUUAUUUUUUGGGGUCAUUAGUUUCAGGUUUUCAUAUACUAAAUUUAAUUAGCAGGAAUUGUCUUUAUUAAUAUCUAUGUUUAAAAGAACACUAUAAACACCAUAACUACGACAUCUUGCUCCUGUUUAUUGGUUUUCUAGCUUACCUGGCGUCUGACAUCUACCAGUUGUCUCAUCUUGUGCCUUGGGAUCUCCCUGCAUUGAGCUAAGCCUAGUGGUGCUUGAAGUGCUUCUUUUGAUGCUCUACAUAUUGUAACUGUUCAGAGCAAUAAUUCUUUGUUCUUUUGUGCUUGAAUUGUCACAGAUCUUGGUUCUAAAGACAAAUUCACAAGACCUGGUGGCAUCUUUUAGAGUUACAACAGGGACCAGCAACACAACGGCUAUCAAAUCCAUAGAGUUUGCCCGGAAAGGGAGGUGAGCAAGGAGCAAUGUAACAUUUAGAAUAAACAAAACUUUACCCUCUUCCCGCCAUUAAAUUUGUGUUUGAUUUGUAUGUUCACUAGUAAGUAGAGCACAAUAUACGGAAAGCCUACAUUCUGCAUUUGUGUAAUUAAAACCAUGGCUCAGUGGCUUUGACUUUAAGUGUCUUUUUUUUUUUUUUUUUUUAAACAAGCAUUUAGAUUGUGUUUAGUGUCAAUGUUAAUGUUGAACUGGAAAAUCAAAGCUGUCUGCUGUAUUGUUAAUUAAUAUAUAAUUUUCAGAGUGUAGACACUUACCAUACAUCGGUAAACCUAAUUUUAUUAUUGGGUUGUGUUGGAGAUAUUUAAGGAAUUCAUCUUAAUGUGGUUUUGGUGUGUGUAUAACCCUGUACUUGCUGUUUGGCGAUAAACAUGCCUCUAAUGGCUGUCAGAUUGUCAGCCAUUAGAUGCACUUCCUCAUGUAGACCGUCAAUUUUUCCAAGGUUUUUAUGAUGAAGCUAAAUAUAGUCAAUGUUUUAUAGAGAAAAAUAUAUUAGUUGAACAUAUAUUUAUUUGUAACCUUAGAGAUUUCGUCUAAACUUUGUACUAGUAGGACAGUAUUAAAGUCAUUUUUACACCCUAGCCUCAUGGUAGUAUAAUAUUUCUCACUUUAAAGGAGGCUUUCUACCAUUUUCUUCUAUCAUUUUUCAAGCUAUAUUUUCUUAUUAAAAUUUACAAGUUGUCGAUAUGCAAUUUUGUCCUACAUUUAUCAAUUUUAUUUUUGCGUUACCUUAUUGUUAAUAAUCCUUGUUCGUAUUUCUGGAUGAGUUGAAACAAAAUGUAUCCAAUGCUCUUGACAAGGUACAGUAAAUGCUUUGAAUAAAAUGCCUACUUUCUCAUUAAGAUUAUAGGAUUAUAAUAAUAAUAAUUAAGAUUAUUAGAUAUGUCGGUAUGCAGGCAUAAUGUAUAAAUUAUGUCCCUUUAUGUCCAUACAGCUGUUUCUUGAUAAACACAGCAGACCGAAUUAUUCGAGUAUAUGAUGGUCGGGAAAUACUUACCUGCGGCAGGGAUGGUGAACCAGAGCCUAUGCAGAAACUGCAGGAUUUGGUCAACAGGUAUUGUCAUGGUUACUGAAUAAUGUGCGUUGGUGUCUGUGUUUAUUAUUCAUACUUUGUACACUAAUUUUGCUGUUUUUUUUUUUGUUUUUUUUCAGGACUCCCUGGAAAAAGUGCUGUUUUUCUGGGGAUGGUGAGUACAUUGUGGCAGGCUCAGCGCGACAGCACGCCCUUUAUAUCUGGGAGAAAAGCAUUGGAAACCUAGUGAAAAUUCUGCAUGGGACGCGUGGGGAACUUCUGUUAGAUGUGGCUGUGAGUUACCUUGAGAAUUUGUCUUUUUCCAUAUCUUAUAACUACACUGAUCAGCCACAACAUCAAAACAACUGACAGGUGUAAAAAAAUAACAUUGAUUAUAUCGUUACAGUAGCACUUGUCAAUGGGUGGAACAUAUUAGGCAGUAUGUGAACAGUCAGUUCAUGAAUUUCAUGUGUUGGAAGCAGGAUAAAUGGGCAAACGAAAAGAUGUAAUUGACUUUGACAAAGGCCGAUAGUGAUGGCUUGAUGAGUCAGAGCAUCUCCAAAUCAGCAGGUCUUAUUAGGUGUUUCUGGUAUGCAGUGGUUAGCAACUACCAAAAAUGGUGCAAGGAAGGACAAAUUGUGAACUGGUGUGAGGGUCAUGGGCACCCGAGGCUUACUGAUGCACAUGAGGAGCGCUGUCUGGCCCGAUUACAUAGAAGAGCUACUGUAGCUCAAAUUGCCGAAAAACAUAAUGCUGAUAAAAAUAUGUCAGAACAUGCAGUGCAUCAAAGUUUGCUGCGUAUGGUGCGGCAGACCAUUUAGAGUGCUCAUGAUGACCCCUGUCAAUCGUCAAAAUGGCCUUAAAAGGGGGGAUGUGAGCAUCAGAACUGGACCAUGGACCAAUAGACGAAGGUUACCUGCUCUGAUUUUUCUUUUGGAUCAGGUGGAUGGCUGGAUGCGUGUGCAUCAUUUAUCUGGAAAGAAAUGGCUGCAUGGUGCACUGUGGGAAGAAAGACUGGCAGAGGCAGUGUUAUGCUCUGGGUUCUGCUGGGAAGCCUUGACUUCUGGUAUUCAUGUGGCUUUUGCUUUGACACAUGCAACAUACCUAGAGAUUGUUGCAGGCCACGUACAACCCUUCAUGGCAGUGGCAUUUUUCAGCAAGACAAUGCAUAGUGGCACCCUGCAAAAAUUGUUCAGAAAUGGUUGGCGGAAUAUGAUAAAGAGUUCAAAGUGUUGCUUUGGCCUCCAAAUUCCCCAGAUCUCAAUCCAAUUGAGCAUCUGUGGAGUGUGCUGGAACAACCAAUCCGAUACAUGGAACCCCACAGGAUGCAUUCAGAGGUCUUGUGGAGUCCAUGCCUCAAUGCUGUUUUGGCAGCACGAGGGGGAUUUACAAGGUAUUGGGCAGGUAGUUUUAAUAUUGUGACUGACCAGUGUUGUAAGGGUAACUAUACCCUCAAUUUUUAUCAAGGUCAGUUUCCAAACUUUAGAAUUCAUCUCACUGUGUCUAUUACUUCAUCCUUCUUUAAACUCACACUUAACCUUUUCUGCUGAUCUGGCACAAAGUCUGAUUACAGUAGUUUUUUUACAGUUUUCUUCUGGUUUUUGUCCUGUAGUGGCACCCGGUACGGCCAAUUAUUGCUUCAAUCUCCAGUGGCGUGGUCUCUAUAUGGGCUCAGAAUCAAGUGGUAAGAUGUUUAUUUUGCUUCUUUGUGUUUCAACCCCUCUAAUCAUGAUGAAAUGGUAUACACAUUAAUCUGGUUGUUACAAUGUAU